AUGUUAUCCACGCUGCUAUCGGCGUCCUUGUUCGCCGCUGUUGUUCGGGCAGUGAGCUUCACUGUUGGCUCUGCCAACGGCAAUGCUACCUCACCGUACCAAUAUGGUCUGAUCUUCGAGGAUAUCAAUCAUGCCGGCGACGGUGGCGUCUAUGCAGAGCUCAUCCAGAACCGCGCAUUCCAGGGUGACAGUAUCUUUCCUAAGAACCUCAACUACUGGAACCCACUCGGUGGUGCGGCCUUGUCCCUGCAAAAUCUCUCGACUCCCCUCUCGUCUGCCCUGCCCACGUCCAUGCAAGUGACGGCCGGCAACAGCACCGGCGGUACCAUUGGGUUCUCGAACGUUGGAUUCUGGGGAUUCCCGGUUGUCGCGGGUUGGCAGUACAACGGUAGCUUUUGGGUUGAGGGAGCUCUCAAUGGCAACGUGACGAUUGCACUUGUCUCCAACAGCAACACGUACUACGCCGAGGCGUCCGUUGCCGUCCACAGCUCUAGCGCUUGGACACAGUACAACUAUACCUUCACGCCAACCGUCAGCGCACCGAACAGCAAUAACACGCUCAACUUCACUUUCGCUUCUUCCUCUUUAAGCGGCGCGGUUAACUUCAACCUGCUCAGCCUGUUUCCGCCAACCUACAAGAACCGACCCAAUGGUAAUCGCAUCGAUCUCAUGGAUGCUAUGGCCGGCCUGUACCCGUCCUUCUUCCGUGCGCCAGGUGGCAACAACGUCGAAGGCCUUCAACCGCCCUACUGGUGGAAUUGGACGCAAUCGUUGGGCCCCCUUCAAAACCGGAACGGUUAUCCGGGAACCUGGGGUUACGAGCAGACCAACGGUCUGGGUCUCAUCGAGUAUAUGCUGUGGGCGCAAGAUCUUGGAAUGGAACCGAUCCUUGCUCUCUGGUCCGGCCUGUGGCUCAAUGCUAGUUCCGUUCCGCAGUCCGGCAUUCAGGUCUACGUACAAGCAGCACUGGACGAGCUCGAAUUCUUGAUGGGCGAUGCCUCCACCACCUGGGGCGCGCUGCGCGAGUCGCUCGGCUAUGGGCCAUUCCAGAUCAACUUUGUGGAGAUUGGCAACGAAGACUCCCUUCUUGUCGGUAGUGCGGCCACUUACAGUGCGUAUCGCUUCCAAGCGUUCUACGAUGCAGUUAGCGCUGCAUACCCCAACAUCACCAUUAUCGCUUCUUAUUACGAUGUCAACGGAGUAACACCACCUGACAAUGCUGCUGGCGAUAUUCAUAACUACGAAUUGGCAAGCCAGUUCGCCCGUCAGUUCACGCUCUUCGACAAUUACACGUCUGCUCAUCCCAUACUCCUCGGCGAAUAUGCCGUUAUCGCAUACGACGCACCCGGCGUUACAGCUGUACAAUGGAACGCCGGUGCACCGCGAGAAUUCGUACCUGUGUGGUACAGCUCCGUAGGCGAAGCUGUCUAUCUUCUGGGCGCGGAGCGCAACUCUGACAAGGUGAUUGGCGCCGCUUACGCGCCAACCUUCCAGAACCUCAACUCGUGGGCGUGGAUCCCAGAUAUGAUACAAUUCGACGCGUAUCCCGGCCACACUACAUUGAGCACAAGCUACUAUGUCGUUCAGUUGCUUUCCGGCACCCGCAUCACCGAGAACCUGCCCAUCACCAUUACGUCUGGCCAAUUCGGUCCUGCGUACUUUGUCGCUGGUCGCAACAGCGAGACAGGCUCGCAUAUUGCGAAGUUUGCCGUCUACAAUGCCACUGCCAACGGAACCAGCAAUUACCCGAUCAGUCUUUCGUUCGACGGUGUCGGGCCCUACGCCACGGGCAACCUUACCUACCUCAAUGCGCCAAUGAACUCCACCAACCCUAUUGGCGGCAACGUGGUAACGAAGACAGUACAAACGGUCACAGCAAGUAGGAAUGGCACCUUCUCCUUCACGCUUCCCGACUGGACCGUUGCCAUACUGGAGGUCGGCGCCAACAAUGCCGGUCAAGGCUACGGCUACGGCAACCCGGGCAACCGUCCAGGCUGGCUGGGUCCAAAGUCAUGGGGCCGUGACUCGUGGAAUGGCGGGGGUUGGGGCAACCCAGCCCAGGGUUGGCAUCACGGCUACAAAAAGUGA